AUGGCACGCGCUGCUUCUCUGCUGGUGCUGGCGGCGGCCCUAUGGCUGUGCGUGUGCUCCCAGCAGACGAACGCCUUCUGGCUGCCCAGCUGGGCCAGUUGGUACAAGAAGCCGGACGUGGCGACGGCGUACUCGGCGGGCACGUACCCUGCGCCGGCGGAGGCGCCUUCGCAGUUCACCGGGCACUCUCUGUACGGUGGCGGGCCGGCGCAGGCGGUGCCGGUGGCCGUGCCGUACCCGGUGCCCGUGGGGCCGCACCUGCAGAUGCCGCCCAACGCCGGACAGCUGUCGCUGAGUAGCUACAGUGUGGGCGUGUCCAGCGGCGGCAACGGCGUGGGCGUGGCGAGCGAUGCCGGGGGCGCCGGUGUGGGCGGCGUCGGCGUGAGCGUGGGCGGCCUGCAGCUGGUGCCGUGCUGGUGCUCCGUGGCCAGGGUCGAGAGCGAGGAGUCCCCCGGAGGCGCCGGUUCGGUCCCCGGCGCCGGCAGCGCGGGCGGCUCCUUCAUGGUGCAGGCAGCGCAGCCCGUGGGCAACUAG